CCACAGCUUAGAACUUCAGAUUGAGCAGCGUUCAACUUUCACUUCAAUAAUUAACACUUUCAGACCGCUAACCCCUCACGCCUUUUCCCUCUUUUUGUUUUCUCCCUCUCUCUUUCUAUUUCUUCUCUUACACAGGUUUCAACAUGUCUUCCCAGGACCGAGCUCUCCAGGCCCUGAGCGCUGAGUUGGCCCGUUUGGACCGUCACAUCACCGCCCUCCUGAAGAGGCAGGACGAGCUCCUUCAGCGGAAGUUGCAGCUCGAAGCCUCCCGGGAAGUUUCCCCCUCGGUGGUCGCGCCAGCCUUGUCUCUUCGUACACCGGGAGACGCCGUUCUCACGCCAGCCCCAGCCGCACCUGGUCCCUGGGAACGCCAGCGCCGCAGACGGCCUUCCAGACCUUCACCGCCACCCCAGCCGGUCUUCACCUCCUGCAACCGUUUCGCCGCCCUCAGCCCACCGCCUACGCCUUCACCUACGCCUCGGGCCCCGUCGCCCGCCCCAGCGCCUCGGCGCUCCGCACAGGACUCGGUUUAUGUUAUUGGUAGCUCUAUUGUCCGCCAUGUUAGAGUAAGAGGUGUAAACAGCCGCGCCACUGUCUCCUGUUUUCCAGGUGCACGGGUUCUAGAUAUCGCCAAGCGGCUCCCCUCAGCCCUCCGCAGACGCGACGCCUUCGGGACCAUGGUUAUCCACGUCGGGACCAACGACAUCUCCGACCGGCGCAGCGAGGUCCUGAAGGAGCACUACCAGACGCUACUGGACACCGCCAGGAAGAAGACGGACACUAGGAUCGUCAUCUCCGGCCCUCUUCCCACCUACCGGCGGGGAUCCGAGCGGUUCAGCAGGCUCUUCGCGCUGCAGUCCUGGCUCCGCGGCUGGUGCGCCUGCAACGGGUUGGGCUACGUGGACAACUGGUCCUCGUUUUGGGAGCAGCCAGCGCUCUACCGGAGGGAUGGGCUUCACCCUAGUCCUCUGGGGUCCGUCGUCCUCUCACGGAACAUCGAGAGGGCCAUCCGCUGACUUCAAAGCGGCCACCUGCCCAUCCUGUGCGCCUGAUGCUGU